AUGUCUGCAAGUUCUGAAUAUGGGAGAGAUUUGAAAAAUGAAUGUAAUCUUUCUGUGCACAAAGAAAUUCAGAAAGAUGAACGACCAUUUUCAUGUUCAGAAAGAGAGAAAAUGUUUAAUGUGUUAACAAGUUUUGCUCAACAUCAGAGAAAUUCCACAGGAGAGAAGUCUUAUUCAUGUUCAGAAUGUGAGAAAACUUUUACUGUGAAAUCAAGUCUUCUUAAACAUCUCUGUGGGAAAGGUUUUAGUCGGAAAUCACAACUUGUAGAACAUCAGAGAACUCACACAGGAGAGAAGCCAUUUUCAUGUCACGAAUGUGGGAAGUUGUUUAAGCGUAAAAAUCAACUAGAACCACAUAUGAGAAGUCACACAGGAGAGAAGCCAUUUUUAUGUACGGAAUGUGGGAAGUGGUUUAAGAGUCAACAACAUCUUAAGAUACACCGGAGAACUCAUACUGGGGAGAAGCCAUAUUCAUGUUCAGAAUGUGAAGACUGGAUGAAAGGCUCCCAAGGUCAUCUAAUUGUAACUUAA